AUGGCUACCGCCAGCAACACGACGACAAGCGCCGGCGAAACAAGCGGCAGCAACGUGCCACAGUGGAAAAGGGACUUGAUACAACGUCGUAGACAACAGAGCAAGGUUCUAGCGAGUAACGGGGCCAGUGUGAAGUUAUGCUCGGCGGUAAUUGGCUCGACAACGGGUGGGCCGACAGAAACGGUGGACCCGGCCGGUAGCCAAGAGCAAUGUGUAACCGGCAACGUGACGUCGUCAAGAACGCGGCGGACAAGUAGCAGCGGUGAGGACAGUGUGAUUGCGGUGAAUAGCUCGAGUGCGAACAGUGGUAGUGGUGGAAGCGCCAUAGCUGGUGUCGUUGUAUCUUCCUCGGCGUUUUUCUCGAGGGGACCGGCGUGUGGCGCCAUCGUCAGCGGCGGAAUCGCCGCGGCUGCCGACGUCGGCUCGGCAGUCGCGUGCAACAUGCGUCUCGAGGCGGAUCUCUCGUUCUGCUCCGACUCGGAGGAUGUUGCGAACGGUAUGGUGAGCAAGACGGACAUGGAACGGAAAUCGGAACACGGUGACGGCUCUGAGAACGAGGAUUCCAGGCAAGAUGCGAAGAGUGCCGAUUUAUUAGCCAGUUGCGACGAGCAUCGUGGAUGCAGAACGAACAACGUUCUCGCGGAAUUAUCGAAAACGAAAACUGGGAAAAUCGACACGGAAAUGGCGCGUAACAGAGCGCUAAGCGACGAAGGGGAAAGCGACAGCUCGGAGGAGCUGCAAUACGGGCCUGGAAUCGUGAACAAAUUGAAGAGCAAGUAUCUUAACCUCACUCUCAGGGAAAUGAACAAGAGUCGCGUUACGGUGCAACGUUUUCGACGCGCGGCUAGUCUGGAGGAUCUGUUGGACUGUGACGACGAGCCUGGCGAGAAGAACGUGAGAAAGUACACGAAAAGGGCGACAACCGGUGCAACGGCGAAAACAGACAGGUAUAGAAAUGCUUGCCGCGGUAACGAAUCGAUGAAACGGGCUCGUAGCGUGGAGACUUUAAUGAGGUACAAUGGCACCGACGAGGUAGGUAGUACACAUGGUGUAUCCGGACGUGUAGCGGCGAACGGUUUGAAGCACGAACCGGUGAACGAUCAUAUUAUACUGAUAGACAGGACCACGGUGAAGAUAGAAAGUCGUUUGGGCGAGUUGGACAGGCCGAAACCGGUGAACAAACCGAAGAGAAUCAAACCGUUGCUGGCGGAGACGGAGAGACCGCCUCCGGAUCUAGUCAAGACCACCAUGAGGAUCUUCGAAGGGUCCGCGAAGAAGCUGAAGCCGAAAGGCGAGGUUGCUGCCAAGGUGGCGACCUUCAAAACCAUCAACGACACGUUCAAGGCUCAAGCACAGAAGAAGGUUGCCCCGAAGCCGCCUAUUCAACCUAAACCGUUCGUAAACGGGAAUUCCAGGGCUCCCGGUUCUCCGAAGAAAAUCGUGCUGCCGCAGAAACCAACGGCCGAGCUGAUCGAGACGCAGGACGGCCAAGAGGAGUAUCACAUAGACGGGGUAAUCACCGAUCCUAUAGUGCAGUCGGUGUCGUCUGUGGUCAGCAAGUUCCAGCAAAUCGAAAAAUCGCACUCUCCUUCCCCAUCGCCCGAACCAUCCUUCUCUCUCCGAACAAAAUUCUCCCCGGCGGCCAGUCCCGAGCCCCAAUUAAGUAAAUUGAAAUCUUCCCUGGAGAUCAGCAUCAAGUCUCCACCCGUAACGCCUAUUCUUUCCCCCAGAAUUUCCUCACCCAGACUGCAGAGCCCUUCGUCACCGAUGAAGGACACGCUCAGGCAGAGCUCGCCACGGGUUCAGAGCCCUUCGUCCCCGAUGAAGGAUCUGCACAGACAGAAUUCCAGUCCCGUCCACAAACCUCCGCCGAGUCCCAGCAGGGAGCUCUUGAGACAAAUGUCUAUGCCCGAAGAACAACAGCAGCCCGCGGAGAGGAUACAGAGUCCCACGGAACGAGAGAUACCGGAGGAAACCAAGUUGUCGCCGAUUGACAAUGUCGUACCCAGCGACGAGGAGCUCGUCGAGGAGCUCGCCGAGGAGAUCGACGCGCCGAAAACGAUCUCGAAAGCUGCGUUGGAGAAUAUCGCGAGAACGGGUGUCACGAUGCAGUUCAGCUUCAACGACAAACCGACAGUGAACAAGAGCUACCUGCCUGGAUUCAAGCAGAACGGUCAGAAAGCUUUGGACGAGCUUCAAGUGGAUACUCGAUGCGAGUCGAACACCUUGUCGACGGAAUCCAGGGGCAAGUCGUUUUUGCCCGCAGCUUCCGUGAACGCUGUGAACGUUGUGACGGAUCUGGAGGCGGUAUCCAGACUGCAGGAGAGGCUAGAGCCGGACAACAAGUGCGAGAGGAAGAGCGAGGACGGUAAGGAGGAUUCGGAUGUAAAGACAAACGUGGAGAGCAAGCCUGUCGGUGCUAUCUGCAGUCUAGGCUUGAUCAAGUCGACGACGACCACCUCGUAUCCACAGGGGAACGAUUCGAAGACAAUAAGAUGCCAGAAGACAGAGUCACCGCCUCAGAAACAGAUAGGAAUAAUAAGACCGCUUGUCUCCACGAAGACGCAGAAUCCUCAGCAGAAUCUGAGCAACAGGGAGUUGGAGAAGAAUCUGAUCAACCGAGUGAAGAGCAUAGAACAACCUACCAAAGUGGUAGUUAGCCUGAAGAGUUCGGCUGACGAGAUUCAACCUGCGAAGAAGGCCAGCUCGGGAGGAGCUGGGCUUUGGGAAACGAAGCCUUGGAACCAACAGAACAACACCAUGGUGUUCAAUUUCAGUAACCGGAAGGACGUGCCCGAUUACAUCGAGAACGACGGUCUGAUCAUCAAGAAGAAACGAGAGAAACCAAAGGUCGGUGACGGUGGCAUCAUAGUGUUGGACGCGACUUUGGACGCUUCGACGACCGACGACGCGGAAUGGGAGCUGGCUGGUGGUCCACCCUCGCCCUGUGACGUGUCAUUCUUCAACGACAACGUUCUUAUCAAUGGACGAAGCAAUCUCUCCAAGACACCGCGAAAUCACAAGCAUCGAAUACAAUUCGACGACACGGCUACCCGUACCUUCGAAUAUCCGAGCGAAGCGUCGAUGCUGGAGGGUGAGAGCAGCGUGGACGGCGAAACUUCCGGUUCCGUCGAGCAAUCAUCUCCGAUCAACAGUAAAACGACCUCGACCAAUUCGACCACCAGCAUGCCCUCCCUUCUCGGUGGUGGUGGCCUAGCAAGUUACACUCCUAGCAAAGUGGACCUGACGUCCGAAGGGUUCGAGCUGGGCGUGACAAGGGCUGUGUCGUCCACUCCUCUGGCCACAUCGAUCUCCGCGACCAGCACCACCAACUCUGGACAAAUGGAACACGAAGAGUUGGACUACCUGAAACCAGCUCAGGACGCCGGUGCAUGGGGCUCCGAAACGACCGGCGAUCUUCUCUACUGAUGCGAUCGAAACGAAGCAUGCAGGCAAGAUGUGCGCGAAGAAGCUCAAAAGCUACUCCUCGAGGAGAGCAAGGAAUCCCAAGUUCCAACCUACUCAGAAGACUAAUCGCAAAAGUAUUUUUUUGUUUCGUUUUUUUCGUAGGCACGAAAGAAAGAGCCUUUUCUAUAUGGAAGCGAUAUCGUAUUGUACUGAGAGAGAAAGAGAGAAGAGAGAAGAAAGAAGAAGCGUUUCAGAGGUAUCUUCGUGAACGCUACGGAAGAAGUUGACGACGAAGAAGAAGGGCCAAGCCAGCGUGACGAUUGCUCACCGUACGAAUAAGCAUGGAAAAACUGCUUAGAUUUUUCGAGAAACGCAUCACGCGACGCGUUCACGAUCGGACACACGCCUUACAUAGAUCGCGGACGAUACUUCGUUCGGGAUUGAAACAUGAAUCAAAAGAGAGAGAACGAAGAGAGAAUGGAACCGGUUCGUUUGCGAACGCGUCGAGGAGGAAGCUGAACCUUUUCUUAGAUAAUUAAGCGAUUAAGGAAAAAAAGGAUAAACAAUAUCAUUCCAAGUAUAUGCAUUUACUUUGUAUUACUACGAUAACGAAAGUGAACAAGCAAAAACAAAAAAAAAGAGACACAAAAACUGCCAAGGACACGUCAGUGCUUUUCUUUUUUCGGAUAGCACUUUUUACACGGAGAGCCCGGUGAUCGGUGAAUCCUGCUAGGACGGACAGAGAAAGAGAAUUAAAAAGGGAAAAAAUAGAGCAUAUCACCAUUUUGGAACAAUUUUUACAACAAACGGAGAGAAGUCGACGAUGGAACUGAACA